CAAAUUAGACAUUUAAAUUAACAACCACAUCACCGAUAGCAUCAACAUAUUAUUUGAAAAAUGGUGAAAAUAAAUCGAGGUCGUUUGACUAUUUCAGCAAAUAUUGUUUUGACAGCAUCCUUAAUAACCAGGACAUUUACCUUUGGUUUUAUAAUGAUGUUGAUAUUAAUGAAGGUUAACAACGACCUUUUAAACGAAGACGUCAUCAAAAUUAUCGACAUUGAGAUACUAGCUGGGAUGUCAUUAGGAACAACCGUUAAAUCUGUUGUAUUUUCUUUUAUUGGAGUAUUUGUCUUAGAACUGGUUUCUGGUAUUUUUGGAAUAUGGGGAGCUAUUGGAAGGAAAAAGCGAAUACUGGCCGUUAACGUCUUAAUGAGUUCCUUUAUGAUAGUGGUCUACUUCAUAAAUAUAGUGAAUCUUUCUAUCAUAUACGACAAGAAAAAUCACCUCAACGACACAUUAUCUAAUUACACAUUAGCGUACCAAGCCACUACUCCUUAUAUCAAACACUACAUAUCAUACACGUACUGGGAAAAAACCUUCCCAAACUUUCUAAAAAAGCUUGGAUGCCAAAAUAGUUAUCCAGAAAUAUAUCACUGUGGUAGUGUGUAUGUCCAGAAAUUAGACACUUACUUAGAGAUAUACAUCGGUAUAUCUGUGACGUGUAUAGUAUGUCAGAUAGUUACAAUAGUUGCAGCUGAAUAUACUUUCCGUAAACUUGAAUAUAAAGAAAAGAAACCAAGUAUUUCAGAGAAUAAGUACUAUCUUAUGUUGAGUUUGAAGCAUGGAAUAUUUCGAAGUCUGAUCAUCUUUAUAAAGGAAAAUUGGAAUAGGUCAAAAGUUGGUGUUGCGUCGGUCUUACUUAAAAUAGGCUCUCUUACAGCAGGUGUUGGACUUCUUGGACUAGGAUUAACACUUCUAGGAGACGAAUUUAUAAAUAAUAGCUCCCUCAAACAUAUAUUUUACAAACUACAGUUUCACAACUACUAUUUUUAUGAUAUACUGGUUGGUCUUGCUGCAGCUUCUGUUGUACUUGGGACAGUAACAUCGACAGUAGCUGUUCUUGGCUUAGUUGGUUCCUGGAAAAAAUCACCAAUCUUACUUGUAACGAGUACUGCCCUCUCUCUGGUUUUGCAUGUACCAAGAAUCAUUGCAGUUACAUUUUGGAUAUUUUUCAUUGCAAAGAUCAAUGGUGGCAUGAAAUUUCAGAUGUCUUUACAACAAUUAGGUUAUUUUAUUCCUGGCUUCAGAAAUGAAAUAACUACGAAGUGGAAUGAUAUGAUUAUGACACUGCAGUGUUGUGGCGUCAAUCAUAGCAAUGAAACACAUACCACGCAAGGAAUAAUAUUUUGUUGUAAAAAUGCUCAUCCCAGAAUACUCGACUCUGCUGAAUAUAAUACAAUAUCCUACACAUCAUUUGAUUAUUUUGGUGGAUGUGGUGGAUACAAAACAGAGACAUGUGCAGGUGUUAUCUUGGACAAGACUGAGAUGUUUGUUGGUUGGUUUCUAGCGAUUGUGUUGCUGCAAAUUGUUUUAGAGAUUAUUGGUUUCGUAUUUGUUAGCAAGGAAUAUCUCAUUAUAAUGUUGACAGAAAGCGCUGAAAACUCAACAGGAGCAACAUUGAAUGCUAAGUCUGUAAUAUUCAGAAAGAUGGGUAAAGAAAUAAAAUCAUUCUGUGUUAGUAACUGGAAAAGGUAA